UUCUCCCAGUCGGACUCGAGCAUGGACAUACUCAGGACUAUAACACACCACCAUCAUCAUCAUCACCACCAUCAGCCUGUGAACAACGGCAAGAUGUGUGAACACACACACCACAGACCCACUGAGAGCAGACGAGGGAAAGCAGAGGAUAAUAAUAAUGCUCAUGCCACGCAAGAAAUGUCACGCAUCAUCACGGAUUCAACCACUGGGAAAUGUUACUGUAGAGGAAAAGUUUUGGGCAAGGGCGGUUUUGCCAAAUGCUAUGAAUUUACAGAUCUAAGCUCUGGGAAAAUGUAUGCAGCCAAAAUCAUUCCACACACACGCGUCUCCAAACCUCACCAAAGGGAAAAGAUCGACCGAGAAAUCGAAUUGCACAGAGCCCUGCAUCACAAACACAUCGUUCACUUCUACCACCACUUCGAGGACAAAGAUAACAUCUACAUCCUGCUUGAAUACUGCAGCAGACGGUCCCUAGCACAUAUUCUCAAGGCCCGAAAGGUGCUUACAGAACCAGAGGUUCGGUACUACCUGAGACAGAUCGUCUCGGGGUUAAAGUAUCUCCACGAGCAAGAAAUUCUGCACAGAGACCUUAAACUAGGCAACUUUUUCAUCAAUGAAUCAAUGGAGCUCAAGGUCGGAGACUUCGGUCUGGCUGCGAAGCUCGAGCCGGUUGAGAACCGUAGGAGAACAAUAUGCGGGACGCCAAACUACCUGUCGCCUGAAGUCCUCAACAAGCAAGGGCACGGCUGUGAAUCUGACGUCUGGGCUCUCGGCUGUGUGAUGUACACCAUGCUUUUGGGAAGACCUCCUUUUGAAACCACAAACCUUAAAGAAACGUACCGGUGCAUUCGUGAAGCGCGAUACUCCAUGCCGUCGUCUUUGUCGCCCCAAGCCAAGCAUCUCAUCAGCAAUAUGCUGGCCAAAAACCCUGUGGAAAGGCCACAACUCGACGAUAUUCUACGCCACGACUUUUUCUGCCAGGGUUUCACACCAGACAGACUGUCUUCGAGCUGCUGCCACGCGGCCCCAGAUCUCCACCACACCAGUCCUGCCAAGAGCUUCUUCAAGAAAGCUGCUGCCGCCCUGUUCGGUGGGAAGAAGGACAAAGCCAAGUACUUGGAGACUCACAAUAAACCAACCAAGGAAGAGGAUGACAUAAACAAACUAUGCCUUGACCUCCGGAAAGCUUCACUCAGCCCCCAACCCUGCAGAAAACCCCUUGAGGACACUAAGCCCCCGAUCACAACUGCUGGAAGAGCAGCUGUUCCCGCAGUGAAGGACACCGGCAGCAAGCAGCACAUUAGAGACAGCAUUCGGAUGAUCGUGCGGGGAACGCUGGGGAGCUGCAGUAGCAGCAGCGAAUGUCUUGAGGACAGCACAAUGGGUAGCGUUGUGGACUCUGUUGCACGAGUAUUGCGCGGCUGUCUGGAGAACAUGCCGGAAGCUAAUAACAUUCCCAAAGAGAGCAUGAACGGCAGCUUCCAGUGGGUGACGAAGUGGGUGGACUAUUCCAACAAGUACGGCUUCGGCUACCAGUUGUCGGAUCACACAGUUGGCGUCCUCUUCAACAACGGCACUCACAUGAGCCUUCUGUCGGACAAAAAGACGGUGCAUUACUAUGCAGAGCUGGGGCAGUGUUCGGUCUUCCCCACUACUGAAGCCCCAGAGCAGUUUGUCGGUCAGGUCACCAUCUUAAAAUACUUCGCCCACUACAUGGAGGAGAAUUUGAUGGAUGGAGGUGAUUUACCCAACGUAACGGAUGCGGGCAAACCCAGACUGUACCUUCUUCAGUGGCUCAAAUCUGAUCGAGCACUCAUGAUGCUCUUCAACGAUGGCACUUUCCAGGUCAACUUCUACCACGAUCACACCAAGAUCAUCCUGUGCAAUCAGAGUGAAGAAUACCUCUUGACGUACAUCAACGAGGACCGUGUUUCCACCACGCUGCGUCUCAGCACGCUCCUCGUGUCGGGAUGCUCACCGGACCUUCGCACCCGCAUGGACUACGCACUUGACAUGCUGUUGCAGAGAUGCAACUGAACCGCACGAGCGCACCGAGACUGGGAUACUUCGAAAAGACGAGAACGUGGACUACUUACGACUGGACGGGAGAGUGUUGAAGAUGGGAGGAGAUGAAAUGGAUUAUGAGUUUUACAAAAGGACUGAACUGAGCUGGGCUGGAACCAGAGACGAUGAUAGUGUUUUAAAUGCAGAAAUCUUGCUUUGUUGAAGCCAAACGGAGAUAUUAACUCUUUCCCCGCCCGAAUCACAUUCACGAGAUUUUCACGGCCUCCAGAAUAUUUUGUUGUGCGAAUAAACAUUCAAUAUAUUGAAAGAAAGAAAGAACAGAGCCUCGGCUUUUAAAGUUUAAACUAACGAAAAUAUAUCCACACUUGAAUGUGGAUAAGAAACAAAAAGCGGAGAAAAUCUCGUUUAAAGACUUUAAUCGUAGAUCGAGUCCAUCUUCACAGUCGUUCGCUCUUCAUGGGUUCGACAUUUCAUUCGAUAACAAUAUUCAGUUUUUGUUUGAUCACGUAAAUGAUCAUAUUCUUCGUUUGUUUUUGGAUUUGGAGAUUUCAGAAGUUGCGCAACAGCGCCCCCUACCAAACCCAGAUUCCCGGGGAAACCUUGUCAAUGGCGGGGAAAGAGUUAAAGUUGAGGAAAGAAGGCUUUAGAAAGGCAGGGUGGUUGGAUGUAGCUCUCUUGAGAGCAGAUUUCGUUUAACUGUGAAAACAUUCCCGCUUAAGGACACGGGCUACAGAGUGAAAUGAUCCCAUGCUGUAGUUCAACAUUUCACUGUGCGCACGCUCUGCAACGCCAUGGACGUAACUUAUUAUCAGACAGAACCCACUAUUUAUUUAUUUAAUAAAGAUGAUCUUAGUGUUCAUGAGUGAUGUUUCAAGAGCACACGUUAUUUAAUUGUUCAGUGUAAUAAUCGUGUCCUUUUGCGUCAAUCUCCCGGGGCAUCAUGGGAGUUGAGACAAACUCAUUAUGCAAGGCCGGUCGCAAAACCGCAAUCUGCGUUUGUCUUGUCUUGAUGUUUGUAUAAAGAUUAAAGAUGAAUAAUAUUGUG